AUGGGGCGGAAAUGGCUAGGAACCUGGUCACCGGGAUUUGAGACUCUUCCAGGAGACCCUGUAACCGUAAUCGAGUAUGCUACAACUAGCCAAUUCAGGGUUAUGGCAGAUCCUACAUGCAGUAUCGAUGAUGAUGACACCAGACUCCGUCUCCCAUUAUUCAAACCCGUCAACUUCGAUAUUCUUCCUUCUUCUCCACCAAUUUCAAUUUCUACAAACCCUAGAUCCACUAUUUCAUGCUCCGUCGUUACUGUCACUCCUGUCACAUUUGCGAAUUCAAAGCUUCAAACUCUCACAGCCGAAUUCAAUUCCAUAUCCGAGCCGAUUGACCGCGUCAAGCGGCUUAUUCAGUACGCGAGUCAGCUACCGCAACUCGACGACUCGGUUAGGGUUCCGGCGAACCGAGUGAUGGGAUGCAUGGCGCAGGUGUGGCUCGAUGUGAGGAUGGAUUUAGACGAAAUGAUGAGGGUUUUGGCGGAUAGUGAUUCGGAGAUUACGAAAGGGUUUUGUUCGUGCUUGAUUUCGGUGCUCGAUGGAGCGACGCCGGAGGAAGUUUUGGGGAUGAAGACGGAAGAUUUGGGGGAUUUGAAUGUUGCUGGUUUGCAUGGAACCAAGGUUGAUUCUAGGGUUAAUACCUAG